GCGGGGAGACAAAAAGCCGAGGCUCAGGCAACAGUGGACACGGACGGACUCGCUCGUCUUCAUCUCGUGUCUAGCGGCUUUUUUUUCCUAAAUGGCAACGACAGCGGACGAGCAGCGGGAACCGGAGGACGUUGUUGCGCUGUCGACGCACCACGGCUGCCACCACAACAGCAACAACAACAACAAUAACAACAACAACAAAGACAGCGAGGCGGGUGAGAGCGCGACGUCCGCCAGCACGACUCCAUCAGGCGGGACGGUGUCGCAGAGCAUGUGUAACGGCUCGGUCAUCAACCCCAACGGGGGGAACAACGGGAAGUGGGUACGGCUGAACGUCGGUGGCACGGUGUUCCUCACAACGCGGCAGACCCUCCUAAAAGAGCAAACUUCGUUCCUUUACCGGCUGUGCCAACAGCAGGACCUGCACUCAGACACGGAUGACUCGGGAGCCUAUGUGAUUGACAGAGACCCUACCUACUUCGGUCCCAUCCUCAACUACUUGCGGCAUGGCAAACUGGUCUACAACAAGGAGCUGGCUGAAGAAGGUGUCCUGGAGGAGGCGGAGUUUUACAACAUCACCCCACUGAUCAAACUGGUCAAGGAGAGGAUCGUGGAGAGGGACUCCAAGGCCACACAGCAGGUGCCUCCGAAGCAUGUCUACCGAGUGUUGCAGUGCCAGGAGGAGGAGCUCACCCAGAUGGUCUCCACGAUGUCGGACGGCUGGAAGUUUGAGCAGGUCAGCGUGCGCGCCUGCAGAAAGCCCCGCACCGGACUGCUCUGGACUAUGGUGAACAUCGGCUCGUCAUACAGCUAUGGAACAGAGGACCAGGCGGAGUUUCUGUGCGUCGUGUCCAAGGAGCUUCACACUCCGGGAUCGGGACUGGCUACUGAACAGAGCCACAAAACCAAGCCGGCAGAGAUGCAGGAGGAGGAAGCCGCAAAGGAGGAGGAGGAGGAGGAGGAGGGAGGGAGAGAUACCACACCAAAUGAGUGGCUUAGAGAAUGAGGGAGUCAUGUUUCUUUGUUCCAAAGAGAGGCGGGAAUGGCUCUUCCAGAUCCAUGGGUCCCGGAUGUAGAAAUCACAAGAAUUUAAGUUAUUUUUUUUUCUAGGCUUAAUAUGACAUGUUGUUGUUAUAUGUGUGCGUCAGACAGUCAUCAAAACAGAUUUGUAGCAUUGUCAUCAGUUCAUUGACAAAAUGCCACUUAGAAAGAUUACCAAAUGACCAAAAAGGAA